AUGCUCAAGCAGACGCGCACUUUCUUUCGCAAGAACCGGACAAACCUCGCCAUCGGUGCCGGCAUCGUCGGCUCCAUCUACAUCGGCGCCAACUAUGUUAUCUCAAAGCUCACUGAGGCCAAGAAUCGCAUGGCCACUGACCGUAUAGCGAAAGAGAAUCUGCGCCGUCGCUUCGAACAGAACCAGGAAGACUGCUCCUUCACCGUCCUUGCUCUCCUCCCCACCGCCACGGAACGGAUCCUCGAACUGCUCCCCGUCGAGCAGAUCACUCACCAGUUACAAGAGAAAAAGGCUGCUCGGUUAGCUAAGAGCGGUGCCCCUUCCGAAGUCUCAUUCGGCGCUUUAUCCGUCAAAGACGACGACGGCAUAUCCGUUAAAUCUCUAAAAUCGGAACCCGCCCCACAGACCGGGACAGGAGAGCCGAGGCCCAAGAGAACAAAAGCCCAGCUCUGGAACGAACUCAAGAUUACCUCUAUAACUCGCGCCUACACUCUAAUAUAUACCCUGGCCCUCCUCUGCUUCCUCACUCGCAUCCAACUUAACCUCCUCGGCCGUCGGAAUUACCUCUCCUCGGUUAUCUCCCUUGCCGAACGAGACACGGAAUCUCCAAUUUCUCUCGAGAACAACGAGAACAACCCCCAAUUAUCGCAAGAGGACUAUGAUGUGAACAGAAAGUAUCUCACAUUCAGCUGGUGGUUAUUACACCGAGGAUGGAGGAAACUUCUAUCAAUUGUCGAAGUCUCUGUGAAGCAGGUGUUCGGCCCAUUGAACCCUCGUGACGACAUUUCAAUGUCCCAACUCCGCGACCUCACCCUUCAAAUCCGUAAGACAGUUGAAGGCGAUGGUGAAUUCUCUUGGCUCCCCUUCCUUCUCCCCCCGAACGGCGACGAAGAUCUAGUCCUCCGCGAGGCCGGUGUUAUCCCCGAACACAAUAGCUCCGACCCAACUGGCACCUCUCAGACAUCAGCAUUCGCAUCAUCUCCACCUCUACGUCGCCUCCUUGACGAAACAUCCGAUUUGAUCGACUCCCCUCCCGGACGAGAUGUUCUCAGCCAAUUAUUCGACGCUGCCUUUAACAUCCUACUCGAAGAAAAAUUGGCCGAGCAGGCGUUCAAGGUCGUAGCUAUGCCAAUGCCUGGUGGCAUUGACCGUGAAGGAAGGAUUCAGGAAGUCUUUGAGGUUCCACCAGAUGCAAAGACCAAGGUCGCCAAUGUUCUUGCAGUAGUAACAAGACAGGCCCACCUCAUUGGAAACGGAAUCCCUAAUGAAUACUUGAAGGCUAUGGAAAAGGUACAGGAUCUAUCAGGAUUCAGCGCUAUUAUUUACUCCAAUUUCGAUCUAUCGAAGGCAUCGCCAAUGGAUUAG